AGCAAAAUACAUAUUUUGCAUCUUCGAAUAUACUGAUUCUACGACCAUCUUCUAUCCCAACAAAAAACCCCAAAUGCAACCAUGAAUGAAAAUUGCGGCGAUUUCAACCUUUCAAAUGGGAACUCCGCCUCUGAUUGGAGCGAUUUUCUCAUCGAAAAGCAUUCCUCUUUACACAAGCUCUUUGCCGCCUCUCUCGAUUUCGCCAUUGAACUUUCUAAUCGCCUUCUUCAGCUCGACGAUUUGUUCGAAUCCACACUCAUGAGUCAUGUCGAUGACGGCAACGACAACCGCCAGAAGAGGAGCCGCCUAGGCCGUAUCGAGGAUUUCGACGUGCUGAAGGCGUGCAUCAAGCUCAGGAUCGGGUUCGAGUCGGAUUCGCUGGAUCUGUAUCCCAGACUUUUCAAUGCACUCCCAUGGGAUUCUACUACGCCGUCAACAAGCAGUACAACGAGAUCUUGUCGCGCACUUCUUUCGACUCGUCCAUCUUGUUCUGUCUCACUCCAGUGGAAGUAGAUUUCAGCAGAUCUUGAAGUCGAAGCACUGGAGGCUAAAAAGUCGAAUCCCCAGCUGUCUGUGGAGCAGCCGGAGGAAAACUCAUCUAAUCUCGAGCAGAGAUCUGAAGCUACGUUAUCUUGGACGGCACCCGGCGGCUGGGGACUAGACUCCCGAUGAGGGAUUUCGGGAAAUAGAGUGGCAAUUUCGUGGAUUGAUGUGCCAUUUUUAGGAAGCGGAGUAGAAAGAAAAGAAUUCAAUCGGAGAAGAUGAAGUUAGGAGAAAGAAUAUGAGAAUAAAAAUAAAUAAAAAGAUAAUUCGAAU